CACGGGUUUUCUGGUAAUGGGUUCGGUCAUGGGUUUAACAUGACCCAUGACCCACCCGAACCAACAUUUUAUGACGACCCGAAAUUAACCUACACUAUAGAAAAGCCUAUAAAAACAUGGGAUGAAAAAAGACGAGAAUGGCUACGUCUCCAUCCAUCAUAUUUACCCGGUUUAGAAAACCGGGUCAUGUUAGUAACCGGUUCGCAAUCCACCGCGUGUCAAAACCCAAUUGGAGAUCAUUUGUUACUAAGAUAUUUCAAAAACAAAGUGGAUUAUUGUCGGAUACACGGGUACGAUAUUUUCUACAACAAUGUGUUAUUUCAUCCAAAAAUGUUCACUUAUUGGGCUAAAAUCCCAACGGUUCGGGCCGCAAUGUUGGCCCACCCAGAAGCAGAAUGGAUCUGGUGGGUUGACGCGGAUGCUGUUUUUACUGACAUGGAUUUUAAGUUGCCAUUACAACGUUACAAAAAUUACAACUUUGUAGUGCACGGUUGGCCCGAUUUGAUCUUUGAGAAAAAAAGUUGGACUAGUUUAAAUGCGGGAGUAUUCUUGAUCCGAAAUAGCCAAUGGGCUCUUGACUUUAUGGAUGUAUGGUCGGGUAUGGGUCCUCAAACACCGAAUUAUGAAAGAUGGGGAGAAAUACUAAGAGAAACUUGUAAAGACAAGUUUUUCCCCGAAUCCGAUGAUCAAACGGGUUUGGUUUAUUUAUUACUGAAAGAAAAAGAAAAAUGGGCUGAUAAGGUGUAUAUUGAAGAUAAGUAUUAUUUCGAGGGGUAUUGGAUGGAAAUUGUGGAAAGGUUAGAAAACAUAACGAAGAAAUAUAUCGAAAUUGAGAGAAAGGCGGGCGAGUUAAGAAGAAGGCACGCUGAGAAGGUGAGGGAGGGGUAUUCCGCGCUAUGGGAACAAUAUUUAGAAGGAGAAUGGAGACGGCCGUUUAUGACUCAUUUCACGGGGUGCCAACCGUGUAGCGGUACGCAUAAUGAGUUGUAUUCUAGGCAAAAGUGUUGGGAUGCUAUGCAAAAGGUGUUGAACUUUGCUGAUAAUCAAGUAUUGCGUAGCUAUGGGUUUGUGCAUUCGAGUUUGGGUGAUUCAAGUUCGGUUGUGCCAUUGCCUUUUGACUAUCCUGCUUAAAAAAGCAUGUGUUUUGUUUAAAAGUUCUAUUGAAUUAUAGUUUUAACGGUAUGAUUGGUUUGUUUA